UCAGAUUCAGGCUCAGGAUUUAACACAACAGAGACAGUAAACAACCAGAGAUGGGGCUGCUGAACGUCGUUCUCCUCGUUGUUCUUCUCACGACGACGAUGGACGCGAAACCAAUUCGCCACAGGCAAGACGCCGACAUCCCGGACAAGAACCAGCCGCAGCGAUACCUGGCGGAGCUUUCCGAAGACUCCGAGGAAUCCUCCGAGGAGUCUUCGGAGGAGGAGGGCGAGGAAGAGGAGGAAGAAGAAGAAGUAGAAGAAGAAGUUGUGGACGUGACGCCCGCCGUCACCGUCCCGCCCUUGCUUGUCGUGACCACGGAUUCGCUGACGUUCACCUCGGGAGACGGCAGCACGCUGGCGCCGGAGCCGGACACGGCCAACACGGCCGGGCCGGUCAUCAUGGUCCGGGAGACGACGCCGGAGCCCGCGACGGCGUGACCGCUGACGUCACCACCCCGGACGUGCUUCCGACGUCACUGAGAGCUACGGAAAUGAGGGGAGAUAUCUGAAGCUCAGGGGAGCUCAAAGUGUGGGGCGCGGGCCACUCAUGGCCCCUGCAAUGAUUCUGUGUGGCCCCUGAAUUUAGUUCAAGAUUGAUACAAGUUUGGAUUCUAUUUUUAUUUAGGACAAAAUGAAAUAUUGUGACUAUGUCGGCGUAUUGGGACCACUAUAAUAAUAAUAAUAAUAAAAGAAAAUAAGGACUUAUAAAACCGUACUAUAAUAAAGUCGUAGUUUUACAAG